AUGAUAGAUUCCCCUGCGGCAGCGAGCCCAGGGAGGCGAUGGCUGGCGGGCUUCUUGGUCCUCGCGAUGGCAUGGCUUCAGAGUCUUGAGGGCUUUGUCGGCCCAUUCCAGGCUGACAGGCAUGCACAGCUUUCAGCUAUCGCCCGGCGAGCAGCUCCCACAUCGCACAACGGGAAUAGGCUUAUCAUCAAGCUCCCCAAGGCUACAGGCUUCCAGUCCAUGGCUGACAUCCCGAAGGAGUCGGUGAUACAGCCGAUUGAGCUCUCGAAGAUUCACCAGAAAAAGAAUUUUUGGGCUAUGUCAAGCGCUGGAUACAACGUCUCUGAGGUCUUCGUGCGUUUCGAGGGCAAGACACCCUGGAAGCGAGUUGGAGAGGUUGUCCACAAAGAGGGCGACUUCCGAGAAGCCAUCCAAUGUCAGUACAAGUUUCUGAUCAAGCGCUCAUACUUCCUGUACAAGAAGUUUCGCUUCUGGUAUGCGAAAUCAAGUCCAGUUCAGUUUGGCUACACAGACACGGCUGGGAAGAUAGUCGUGGUCGAUGACGGACCACCCGAACUCGGACUGGAGCCGCAAGAGCUGAAGGAGAUGUUGCGAAAAAGCGGUUUCGUCGGGGCUGACAAACCACGACAUUGGCAGAAGAUACAGAAGCAGCUCAAGAAUUUGUACUCGAGCAAAAAGGAUCAUCACAGGACAAAGCCUUGGCUUACAAAGCGAGACUUCAAUUACAGGAUUGAUGCACACCGGUGGUGGAAUCCUCGAAAGUACCGCGGGCGGUACAUGGAGGUCCAGACCAGGAAGCGAGGCAUCGUCGCAGGAACGGGGCCAUCCAGAUGA